CACACACUCCAGAGAAGGGAAUAGGGUGGGUUGAGAGACAGUCAGAGAAACUGAAAGAGAGAGAGAGAGAGAGAAGCUGGGAGGGACUGUGAGGGUGAGGUUCACUUGGAUCCAAAUCCACCAAGAGAAGCAGGACAGAAAGCUCUGCGGCUGCAACUCUUCAACGCAAACUGAAGACAGCAGCCAUUAAAGGACCGUUGGGGAUUUUCUUUCAACUCAACCCGUAUAUGAAUCGAUCUUUUGGUGGGUUUUUUUCACUGUGCAAGACCGCUUCAGUGAAGUUUUACAACUUCAUUUCAGCUGCAGUUUGAGCUUGUGACCUGACGACAGAAGGCCAAGAGAUGUCGGGCCGACUGGUUCUUGUCCUUCCCCUGUGUCUCUAUCUGACUGUGGGUUCAGUCCAGAGCCAGGGCUCCUCCCAGGAUGCCUUUAUCAUCCAGUACCUGGAGAGGAGAAUGUCUCAGAUGGAGGAGCGUCUGAAUCAAUGUGAGCAAAAGACAGUGAGCGUCACCCAGAAGACCUAUGACCUCUCAUCUGAAGUCAGGCGUUAUCUGUCCACUCUCAGUGUUCUGAGAUCAGAGGUGAGGAGCCAGGUGGACAGCGUGUCUGUGCGCGUCGACCGAGUGGAGAGGGAGUUGGAAUAUCUUGAAAACAAGAUUCCCGCCCAGACCGAUAUCGAGAUUGAAGAGGCCCUGCUGGAGCAACAGAUAAAGGCUGUUGAGCAUGACCAGCAGCAGAAGAAAGCCAAGAUCAGAGUGGAGAAUGACUGCAGAACGGCGCUGAGUCAAAUCAAGUCCCUCAAGAUUGUGAAGAAGGCAGGAGACACCUACGGUUCCUGGUUCAAGGACCCCACUGAAGGAUCAGCUAAGGUCUACCUGCUCAGUGGAAUUCAUAACAACACUCUGAUGGAGUACGUCUCUCUGCACAGUUUCACAGAGAGCACCACCACACCCCCAGUUAGGGAGGUGCAGCUGCCUUCCCACUGGCAGGGGACAGGUCAGGUGGUCUACAACGGAUUCCUCUACUACCACAAGGCCGACACUCCCAACCAGAUCCUGAAGGUAGACCUGUUGAAUGGUACCAUGGUGGACAGUACACUGCUACCAGGAGCGGGUCGUCUACCAGUCUACAGUCUGAACCCCAACACCUACCUGGACCUGGCUGUGGACGAACUCGGCCUCUGGGUGAUCCAUGCCGACCCUGAGUACGGUGGAAACCUGGUCAUCACCAAACUGGAUAAAGCGAGUCUGGCAGUAGAGUACACCUGGGAUACUCGGUGUAGGAGCCGGGAUGCUGAAGGAGCCUUCCUGAUAUGCGGGACCCUCUAUGUGGUCUACAACACACGCUAUGGAGGUCGCUCCACCAUACAGUGCCUCUACGACAUCCACGACACCAUCCACAGUGAUGAGAGUCCCGUGAUGUUCUUCCCGAAGCGCUACACCAGCCACAGCAGCAUCCACUACCACCCCGGAGACAAACAGCUGUACGCCUGGGACGACGGCUACCAGACGAUAUACAAAGUGGAGACGCGCAGAAAUGACCAAGUCAAUGCAGAGUGAAGAUGCUCGACAGUGUUUAUCUUUUCAUAAACUUGCGUUAUCACCAGAAUUAUGCAAUAAAGGUCACAAAUAAAAGGAUACUUUUGAUGAGUAUCUUGUAAUCUACUGUUGUUCAGUGUAGUGAUAAUUUGCUGGCAAUGGCUGCUAUACCG